AUGAACGCACUCGGUGAUCUGUCUCCCACCCUAGAUCCAACUCAGCUUGCCGCGGGGCAGGCGCCUCCCACCCCGCCUCACGAGAAUGCCCUCGACGAUGUGUAUGGCUCUGCGCCUUCGUCUCCAGUUCUCUCUACACAUGCCCCGCAGGCACGGCGCCAUGAAAUCCUUUCCGACCUGCCCUCUCGUCAGCGCGCCCUGGAUACGGAUGCCUAUCGAGAAGGCCUAGCAACUAGCAAGGGCCAGUACGUACAGCAAGGAUUCGACGAAGGCUAUUCUCUCGGGGCAAAUCUUGGACUCAACACAGGCUACAUCCUCGGUGUUCUGCAAGGCUUUGUUGCCGCAUGGAAGAACCAUGAUCAGCCAGUACACAAGGAAGCCACGGAAAUCUACAAUACGGCUCGGACCGAAUUGGCCAUAGAGCAGCUUUUAGGCAAACAAUGGGUGGAUGAGGAAGGCAUCUGGAAAUGGGGUGUCGUGGGCAAGGAAGAUGAUCCUACGUUUAGAGAGGUCGCCGCUCACCAUCCCGUGAUACAGAAGUGGAUGGAUAAGAUCCAAGAAUUGGCCAAAAGGUGGAAUGUGGACCUCAAGGCAAUAGACAAGAUGCAUGCUUUACAAGAACAUGAAAUCUGA